GGUUUCAGCAAGCGUAUUGCUAAAUAAGUACUUUGCUUUCCAAUCGUGGCCACUGCUAAUGAGAUGGCAUCGUCAAAAGCCCGCCAUAGAUCCACAUCGCUCAAAUAUUGUCUGCCCUUGCCCGAAGAGCUCGAUACUGGCUUUCAAUCCGCAGUAUGAAUCAACGAUUCUUUGAUUCUGCACAACAGCCUGUUGCAUCUUCAGCUUCCGAUCCAAGGCCUUACCUUCCCUCUAAGCCCAAGAUUAUCUGCACUGGGUCCGAGGCAUUCAACUAUUGGUCACAGGGACGCAUACCAGCUCGUGGAACCAACAGCCCAGCAAAUUUCCAAGGGGCGAAUACUUGUUCAGAUCAGGCUUUAUACCUGAAAAAAAAGUUUUCAAGGCAAUCCACAGAAUACUCUGAACGGGCUGGGUACCACGAUGACACAGGGAGGGUAAAAGUUUGCAGACAAGAUAUGAACGAUGCCUCAGUUUAUGAGAUUGAGUUCUUCGUCCUUUGUUUUGCUUCAAGCAUCGAGAUACUUGGUUUCGAGGAUGCAAAGAGCUAGAUUCAGUUGAACACAUCGCUGACGUAGCAGUGUAGGAGAGAUAAACCAAUAAUUGUACACAGUAAGGAGUCUCCUUCCCAGAGUGAAUGGAUUUUUGGACUGCCAGAGAAACUGUCACUGACCUCACCCCAGAUUCCACCGCGCUAUUCGGUGAAUCCAUUUCCAUGGAAACACAAUAUUUUCAUGACAUGAACGUUACUAGUGGCGGCAUAGAUUACGAUGACAUCAGCACAGCAACUGUUAUUGAAGAACAUCCGCCGUCAAGGACGAUUAUCGAUUUC